UGCUGGGUAAUAUUCGGAGAACGAAGGGGCCAAAGUAGGAUCAUCAUCAUAACCAGCUGACUCAACCUUAGCUAGUUGUCUCAGUCAGAACGAAACCACCUUGCUGUCUUGUUUUAAGUCUGAAAAGUGUCCACUUCAUCUGAACCAUGGGAAUGAAUGGUCAAGAUAUUAAGGUGUAACCUCAAGGCGUAGUGUGACUGCUUUAGGACCAUGGAGCCGGACGUGAUCCGCAUGUACUCCUCCUCCCCACCCCCAAUGGAGGACGGAGCUGAGGAAGAGGACGACGAGUUUGGGGACUUUGGGGGCUUCUCUGGAGUUCCGACCAGCGCCAGCUUCACUGAGUUUGACACCCCAGCGACCUUCAACCAGACCGCAGCCUUGGCCGCCACCUCACCACCGGAACUCCUCAACAAUGGAGGGGUGGUUGGGUUGUCAAAACUCAGCUCAGGUCCCAUGGGAAGGGGUCCUGUGGUCAAGUGCUCCAAUUCCAAGUCAAAUGGUGUCGUGCCGGGAGGCUGCCAGUACGACUGUCCUUCAGAGAGAACUGUGAAUGUGGAGGAGUUAAAAAAGCUUGCCGACCACACUCGAGCCAAUAAUCAUUCUACCUCCCUGGACAUAUCUGGGAGGAGUCAGACCGACAACAUAGACAAGCCUGUCGAUUGCAAUGGUGGGGUCCCGGAAGUUCUGACCAACGGCUUUGCUACUUUUGAAAUAGAGGGAAGCACAUCUUUGCAGAAUUCGAUCCAUUCUAAAAAGAAAGGAACCACCACAGAGUGUGCAGACGACUGCCCUCCCAGGAGCCCCGAGGACGACUUUGCGGAUUUCUCGGCCUUUUCUAACGCAGACGUUCAAGGACUCUCCAGCAAGGUGACAAACCGCACCAGUGAGAACUUGGACAAUCGCAACAGGGACGAACGGCUGGCAGAGGACGCCUGCCAGCAACAGAGGCAGCAGGUGCACUCUAAUGUAGAACAGGGAAUCAGCUCAGGGGACAUUGUCAGGGACACUCACAUUAUAACUGGAUCCAACGACAUCGCUGGCUCUGAUUCUCUAACGCACCCUGCUGAGGCUCGAGACACUGGCGAAGGCUUGAGCAACGGGGACGGGGGCUUUCAAAGAGACACUGCUAACUCUGAACAAAGAAAUGUAGAGCCGGACUUUGCACACAAGCACUCUGCUACUGAGGUGGUUAUUAGUGAGGAUUCUGCCCCAGAGGAGGUUUGUAGUGAGGAUUCUACCCAAGAGGUGGUUUGUGGCGAGGACUCUGCCUCUAAGGCACUUUAUGUUGACAAACCGGUCGCCCAGAAUGGUGUGGUUUUGGAGCAGUUGGAAGAGGAGUCAGAAGAAGAGAAGGCAGGUGUCAGUGAUCACCGGCUUUUCCCCAAUAUAGACGAUGAAGAUGGGAAUGGCGAGCAAGCAGAUGAGAAGCCGGGGUCCGGAAACGAAACAGAAACCGAAACUGAAACAUCUUUCGGCCGACCUCUGUCCACGGAUGCCCUUGAGGAGUACGGCGACAUCAGCAUGACAGGCUCGGUGCCCACGCCGCCGCUCCAAGAGGAGACGGCCACGCCUGCUGACCACAGCCAACUGCUGGAGGACGACGACGGUGAAGACUUUGGUGACUUUGGAGACUUUGGGGAUGUGGGCUCUUUUAGCGGACAGGGCUUUGCUGAAUUUGACCAGCCAGAGUUGCAACUAGAGGAACAACCUGCACCUCUCACACAGGAACUAGUGGACAAUGACAAAGACUUUGGUGAUUUUGACGCCCCCAACAGCCACACUGGUGGUGGGAAGGCAAUUGAGAACGAAGAUGGGGGGAAGUUUGCAGAUUUUCCCGGCAGCGACAGUUUUGCCGACUUUAGCUCGGCUCCUGUUGGUGCCGACCCUGAUGCAGAUGCUGGUUGGAAUGCCUUUGAUGAGCCUGAACAGGGUCAAGAGGAGGGCGAUUCCUGGGCUGCAUUUGGAGAGGAGCCGACCACCACUGCUCCUUUGGAAACGGGUGAAGACAAGUGGCAGGAGAGUGAGCCUGUAGCAGCCCGUACAUCCAGCAGCCAUCAGAUCAGUAGAAGAGACAGUCAAUCUGCGGCGCUUUGCAGUCGGCUAGAAAAGCUUUUUCAGGAAAUGUUCCCCGACGCACCUGCCCCGCAGGUGGGGGUGGAGGUGGUCCCUCUCAAAACCCUGCUGGAGCCUCCUGCGAGGUUACAGCAGGAAGAGCAUGAAAUGAAGAGCGGUGUGCCAGACAAUGGGGCCGUGGGGGACGUGUUGUGGAGGCAACUGCUGGACAUCCACGAGGCGUUUGGCCUGCGACACCAGUGGGGAGGCUCGCACAGCAACAAGACACUACUCUGCUCCCUGGGCAUCGACAUUAGGAACAUUCUGUUCACAGGUCAGAAGAAGCAGCCAGUAAUAGUUCCCAUGUAUGCUGCCAGCCUGGGCAUGCUGGAACCCACCAAAGAGCCAGUAAAACCCAUAUCAGCGGCAGAGAUGAUCACGUCCAUAGCACAACAAGCACCUCCAGUGGCCCCGGCAGAGAUCAUAAGCACUAGUCCACCAGACACAGCCCAGGAAGCGCUCCCGCCCGUCCAGUUUGACUGGAGCAGCAGUGGCCUUACUAACCCCCUGGACGCGAGCGGAGGCUCGUCUCUGCUCAACCUCGAUUUCUUUGGGCCCGUGGAGGACUCUGGCCCAAGCAGCUCCACCUCCAUCCCAGGUGUGGACCCGGAGCUGUACGAGCUAACAACUGCUAAACUGGAACCCAGUGGCUCUGGGAGCCGUGUGGCUGACGCCUUCGCCCGCCUUAUGUCUACUAUGGAGAAGACCAGCACCUCUACCAGAAAGCCCCGUAAAGAAGAGAACCUAAGUGAGGAGGCAUUGAAGGUGAUUGCAGGGUUACCAGACCUGUCCUUCAUGCAGGCCAAGGUGCUGAUGUUCCCCACCACGUUGACCCCCUGGGCUGCUCCUCUGACCCUGACCACAUACCUGACUGAUUUCCCCCCUUCUCUUCUCCUUAUCACUGUCUGUCAUUCUAUCGCUAUAUCAUGAAGUUAUAAUUUUUGCUUCCAUGCCUUCAUUGUUUUGUCAUUUUCUCCCUUUUUAUUUGUUAUUUUCAGUUUUAAUCAAGUGAAGCAUUUACCGAUUGUCCUUGUGAAUGGAGAAUGGUUAGUCAGACCUGGACUAGGCUAAGCUUCGUCAAUAGCAGAACAAGAGAACAUAUUAAAACAGUUUUGUUUAACUUCUAGAUCAAGGUCCUAGAGAGAGGUCGUUUGUUAAUAAUAGGAGAAUCAAUGUGUACAUAAUCAGGGACGAAUUGCGUUGUUUUUCGAAGGUGGCUUUUACGUGUGUCAAUGUUCAUCUUUGAAUGGAAAUGAAACACUGGUUGAACCUCUUCAAAGGGAGGCGGGAUAUACACUGAGUGUACAAACCAUUAGGAACACCUUCCUAAUAUUGAGUUGCACUUCCUUUUGCCCUCAGAACAGCAUCAAUUCGUUGGGGCAUGGACUCUACAAGGUGUC